CCCUGUGGCGAAUUCGGUCGCUCGGGACAUCCUGGCCGCGAACGUCGUACACCGCGUCGCAUUGAGCACGAGCCAAGUGUUUCACUGGCCGGAAGUGACCUGAGGAACGCAUCGAGGCCAGAGAACCCCCAGCGCAACCAAUAACCGCCGCCGGACGUCCGCCGUCGGAGCCACGCCGCCGCGAUUCUACGAAGAGAACUUCCUCAUUGACGUACUUCGAGGCGCGCUUGCCUGUCGAACUGCCUAUCGCGCUCAACGUCCGCGCUGCGAUCCUGCCUGGGCUACAUCUCGACCACGAUCGCGCGCCCCCCGAACUCACGAACGCCAUCACAGGAGAUAGAGUGUCUGUGAUCCCGCCGGGACGGGUCGCAUGCGCGCGCAACGCACAUGGCGACGUCAAGAAGCACACCAGCAGGGACGCCCGCGCUCGGCCGCAUCGCGAACGCCCCGAUUGUGCCUGCGGUAACGUACUACGCACCGUUCUAAUCAUCCUUCUCGCCCGCCGCCCAUAAAGCGGGCGAGAUGCGGGGCGAGCAGUCUGUGUGGUGCAGACGCAUACCCCCUUACCCCCUCUUCCUUCGCCCUUCGCAACCAGGAUGCUGCUCGCCCCGCGCGUCCUCCUGGCCCUCGUGCUCGGCCUCGCGUCCUCCGCCGCGGCGUCCGCCCCGCCCCUCUCCCCCCACGUCCGCCACGAAACCCGCCGCGCCCUCCCGCGCGGGUGGGCGCCUGUGCGUCGGGCGGAGCGCGACAGCGUGCUCCCGCUGCGCAUCGGGCUCGCGCAGUCGAACCUCGACGCGCUCGAGGAGUACCUGCUCGACGUCUCGCACCCCGAGUCCCCGAACUACGGGAACCACUGGACGCCCGUCAAGGUCGCGCAGACGUUCCGCCCCUCUGCGGAGGCGGUCGACACGGUCCGCGCGUGGCUGGCGGACGGCGGCGUGAGCGCGGACCGCGUGCGCCUGAACCCGAGCGGGGGUUGGCUGACUGCGAACGUGACUGUCGAGGAGGCGGAGGGCCUGCUCGCGACGGAGUACUUUGUGUAUGAGCAUGCGGAGAGCGGGCAUAAGCAGGUUGGGUGCGAGGCUGCGUACCACCUGCCGGAGCACGUCGCGAAGCACGUCGAGAUCGUCACACCUACGCUGCACUUUGACGCGAAGGUGAAGAAGCGGAGCGGGGGCGUCAAAAGCAAGCUGGGCGCGCCGGGCUCUGGCCCUGUGACCCCGAAGACUACGGGGAAGAUUCAGACUCUCUUCAACGAGCUCAAGAACUGCGAUGAACAAAUCACCCCGAUUUGCCUGCGCGCUCUGUACGACUUCGUGUAUGUCCCCCUUGCGGCGAAGAAGAACUCCAUUGGUAUAGUCGAGUACACUCCGCAGGCGUAUGACCCAUCAGACCUGGACUUGUUCUUCACGAACUUCUCAUCGUCCCAGGUGGGGCAGCGCCCGGUCAUGGAGAGCAUCGACGGCGGCACUAUCGAUGUCGGCGGCGGCGGAUUCGACAUCAACGGCGAGUCCAAUCUCGAUCUGCAGUACGCUAUGUCGCUCGUGGGCAAGUCGCAGCCCGUGACCCUGUACCAGACCGGUGAUGACCUUGAAGGUGCCUCGUUCAACACGCUCCUCGACGCACUGGAUGGCUCUUACUGCUCAUUUGAGGGGGGUGACGAUCCGGAGCAGGAUCCUUCCUACCCUGACCCAUUCGGUGGCGGAUACCAAGGACAGACGCAGUGCGGUGGAAUCACCCCGGCCCAUGUCAUCUCGACGUCGUACUCGUACGAUGAGGUCGACUUGACCCCUGCCUACAUGCAGCGCCAGUGCGCCGAGUAUGCCAAGCUCGGCCUGAUGGGCGUGACGGUGCUGUACUCCUCCGGCGACUUCGGCGUGGCCGCGAACGGCGGCCUCUGCCUCGACUCAGAGGGCUUCCUCGACUUCGAUGGGGACAUCUUCGCGCCCUCGUUCCCCGGCGGGUGCCCGUACAUCACCAGCGUCGGCGCGACGCAGGUCAACCCGGGCGCGAAGGUGACCGACCCCGAGAGCGCGUGCAACCAGGUCAUCUUCUCCGGCGGCGGGUUCUCGAACGUGUUCGCGAUGCCGUCGUACCAGAAGAGCGCAGUCACGAACUACCUCACGAAGUACCCGCCGCCGUUCGCGUCCCAGGGCGUGUACAACACGAGCGGGUCGCGCGCGUACCCCGACAUCUCCGCGAACGGUGCAAACUACGCGGUCGCCGUCCAAGGCGAGUUCUUCCUCGUCUACGGUACUUCGGCGUCCUCUCCUGUGAGCGCGGCUAUUCUUUCUGCCGUCAACGACGCCCGUCUUGCGAUCGGGAAGAAGCCCAUUGGCUUCAUCAACCCUUCGAUAUACUCGAGCGUGUUCAAGGGCGCCUUCAACGACAUCACCAGCGGCAGCAAUCCAGGCUGCGGUACCGAUGGCUUCCCUGCUCAACCUGGUUGGGACCCGGUCACUGGUCUCGGGACACCGAACUUCCCUCAACUCUUGGCGCGAUGGCUCCUUCUCCCAUGA